UUCUCUUCUCAAACUCGCUUAGUUUGCCGGCAAGCUUUCUAUCACGCGGGAUAAAGGUACGGGCUCGAUUCCUCGACAAUCUUAAGAACUUUGCGACAUAAUACAAUGUCAACGUUAGUUUUAAAAAAGAAGUAAAUUCUUCAAACAAUGUGGCUGUUAAAAGUGUCCAUCCUCUUUAUUCUUGUGACUUUUUCUCACUGCCAGUCCCUCGGAAAAUGUUGCAAUUACGGAGAAAUUUUGGAAGAAUAUGCAGAUUCCACUUACAAUUGUAUCGAAGAUAAGAUAAAGCGACAUGAGAUUUUUGCCACCGAAGUAAAUAUUUUGAAUUCAAAACUGUCAACAAAAUGUAUAGAUUACAGUAAGGAAUUCUACGAAUUUGAAAUCUUCGAAGAAAGAAUUGUACAAAAAAGACUGCUUGAUGGACCAUAUUUUACAAAAUGCUGCCCUUUGGGCUAUAUCUACGAACCAAAUACCCAUUCCUGUGGAAUUAAGGGCAAUUUCAAUCACACUUUCAUUCAUAAGAAUCUGAUCAAAGUUGGAUUACCGCUGUGUAGGAUAGUUGUGGACUCCGUAUCAUCCAGUUUGGAUGGACAUGGAGAUACAUCUGAAGGCGAGUAUUGUGAAGAUGAAACCAAAGAAGGCUUUGUGCGAAGACAUUGUAAAGAUGAGGAUGUAUGUUCUGAUAUACGAUGUGUUAAAAAGUGUUGUCGUGAUGGGAAAAGUUUCAUCAAUGGAUCAAAUUGUGUGGACACUUAUAACAAUGGAAUUGAUCUGAAGUUUUCAACGAAAAUUGAAGAUCCAGAGGAACCAUUUGCAAUCGUACACAACACCACAAGAUGCAGUGGAAAAUUCUUCCUAAUGUCGGAGAGCAGAUACAUUUUUAAUCUGCUAAAAAAUGGCAAAUUUCAAUACUGGAAGAACAUCACCAACUCUUUUGUGUACGAAAAUCCAACAGACCUUACAGGAUACUGCAUUGAACAUUCGACCAGUCCUAAAGCUAAUGGAUUCUUCUUUUUCAACUGUAUACAAUCAGCAGCCAAUAAGCAAAAAUUCAAUUACACGAAAUGGCCAAAAAUAUUAUCGUGUGUCUUCCUUGGGUUAACUAUUUUGAUUUACAUUUUGCUAAAUCAGACGAAAAAGCUGUUCGGAAAGAUUUUGAUUAAUUACUGUAUAUCGACCUUGUGUAUGUACGCAUUACUGACUUAUGCUCAAAGUGAUAUGCAACCCACUGAUCUUCCAUGCCAGCUUGUAGGAUUUUGCCUCAUAUUCUUUGCGACAGUGUCGUUCGCCUGGUUAAAUGUUAUGUGCUGUGACAUCUGGCUCACAUUUGGCUCUACAAAACAUUCUAUUGGUGUUUACCAAAGAAGAACAGAAUUAAAGAAACUGGCAAUUUAUAUGACUUAUGGAUGGGGCAUGCCACUGCUUUUAACUCUUCUAAUUUACAUCUUGAGUAUUAUCCAGUCUCUACCAGACUCUAUAAGACCAUAUGUUGGGACAAGCGCUUGCUUUAUAGUACAGAGACCUGGAAAUUAUGCCCCAUUUUUGUUUUUCCGUCUUCCACAUCUACUGAUUCAAAUACUCAACGCCUAUCUUUUUCUGAAGACCAUUUUGUAUUGUUUACGGAUAAAAAAUGAAAUAGAACGAAUAAAUGAUACAAAAAAUGAGAAGAAAGUUAAAUUUAAUCGAGAUAAAGAGAAGUUAUUUUUAAUAAUAAAACUAGCAGUUAUUAUGGGAAUAACAUUCAUUGUGGACACAGUGUCUGGAUUCGUCGACUUGAACAAUGCAGGGACUUUCUGGAGAAAUUUUGAAAUAGUUAUUGACUGCAUCAAUUGUUUACAAGGUGUCGCCAUUUUUAUCAUCUUCCUCUGCAAGAGAUCAAUUUAUGUUGAUUUUUUUAAGACUCCAACGGGCUCACGAAUAUACGAAGACUAUUCUUUAAACAAGUGUCUACAUUUUCAUCAUUUUUAUCUGCAAACGAUCCGUCUACAACGACUUCUUGAAGAAACUGCACCUGCGACGAAGAGAUGCUUACCUCAGUAACACAGAAUCAUUCACAACCUCUCAAACUCGAAUCAGCUUAAAACAUAGGAACGGAGUUAAUAAAUAAGCCAACUGUGAUAUUAUUUAGUUUUAAAUUUUAUUUUAAACCUAAUCCAAUAUUUUAAGUUGAAAUUUUAUUUUGAAAAUUUUCGAUUAGUUAUCCAAAAAUAUCUCAAUAUACUAGGUAUAUACACAACAUCGAUUUACUGCAGCCAAACCUUUAAAAAGUGUUACAUGUUUUCUAAUUGCUUUUCAUUAAAUAUAAUUUUUUCAUAUGGAUAAUAUAAUCAUCUUUUUUCCUGAUUUUUGUCACUUCCGCCUGUACCUGCAGGGUCUGAUUCCAUAAUUACAUUUCUCCAUAGGCUUCUAUCUUGGGUCAUACCGAUAUCAACCCCCUUUACCCAUCUCCUCUAAGUCCUCUCUCAGCAUCUCCCUCCAGGUCUUCUUUGGUAUUUUUCUCGUACUCCAGCCAAGACCCUGCAGAUCAGCAAUUCUUCGUAUUAAGUGAUUAACUUCUCAACGUUGAACAUGACCAAACGGUCUUAACUUAUGCUGUCUCAUUUCACCACCAAUUCGUGCCACUCCUAGACUUCCCCUGUCAUAUUAAUUAUAAAUUUGAUCCUUUUUGUUACCCUAAUUAUUCAUCUAACCAUUUUCAUGUCCACCAGAGGCAUUCGCCGUACCUCUUUCUUUUUAACUAGGUACCCAAUAUUCAGUUCUGUACAUCAUGGCUGGUCUCAUAGUCCUAUUGCCGUUUUAUAUAACUUACACUUCAUCCAUCCAACCCUAAUUCUAAUGCAUGUAUCUCCAUCUAUAGCCCUGCCCUAUUACUCUAUAAUACUUAUUCUAGGUACUUAAAA